AUUAUAUUAGAGUAACCUUCUGUUCCAAGUAAUAGACAAGGGUCUACGGCUUCACAUAAAACUAGUGGCCGGGCCACGCUGGUGUGAAAAGUAAUAUUUCUAAGAAAAAUUAAACAAUGGAUCCUUUUACUCAGCGUAUGUUGGAACGUGCGAGAGCAAGGAGGGAAAAAUUGGACACACAAUUAUCAAAUGCUGGUCAUGAUCCCAAAAGGAGAAGAAGCCCAUUGAAAGAUGCUAAUACGAUUUUGUCACAAGCUCCAGCAUUAGAAAAUGACAUGGUGGUGAAAUCACCGGUUAAAGAGUCUCCAGCAAAAUCCCCACGUAAAACAUCGCCGACAAAAACUCCAAAUCAAGAAAGCAAAACAGCCAACAAAGAAAAUGGUGAGAGUCAAAUAUCCAAUGUGAGAUCCAAGCUGCAAAGACUGGGCAAGUUAUACUCUGAGGACAGCAGCCGAGAGUUGAGUUCACCAAUUCACAGAACGGAAGAAAGAUUUGCCAUCGAAGAGGAGCCUGUUGGUCAAAAACCUGCAAAGCCAGGCGCUAGAUUAGGCAGACUCGCUGCAUUGGCUUCAACAAUAAAUAAUUGGGAAGACGAUCUCUCUCACCCAACAUUGACCAAACAUACGGAAAGCAGAGCAUCAAAAGUGCAUGCCAAAUUCAAUGAGCAAGCUCGAAACGGAUCUGAUCCCCAGCCCGGUACUAGUGGAUUGUCUAAGCAGCCAAGCACAAGCGCACUAACUAAACAAGCAAGUACCAGUGGAUUAUCCAAGCAGCCAAGUACCAGCGGAUUGUCCAAGCAACUCAGUACCGGCAUAACAUCGAAGCUACCAAGCACCAGCGAUAUGUCCAAACUAUCUGGUGCAAGUAGUAAUUCCAAAUCGGCUGGUUCAAAUACCACCUCGGGCAAUACUCCGACUAGUCGAAAUAAGGGAAGUCCAACCAAGCAGCUGAAGUGGGACCAAGCGAUGCUUGAAACACUGGAGGCUCAAGGUUUUACUCGUACUACCAGCAAUUCUCGCCUUGUGUAUGACUAUAAGGGUUGUUCCCAGGAAUCCAAUUCAGAUUCGGCGAAAUCACCAGCCCGGUGCAAGUCAGAUAACAACGGUUUAGAGGAUUUGGAUAUUACGUCACUACCUAGAGUGAUAUCUUCUACUUCGAAGUUUGGUGGAACUAUGAUAGAAGCAAAAGCAAGCAAUGAUAAGAAUGCUUCUUCUAGAAGUCCAAUGAAAACCUCGCAUGCUAGCAUUAAUAAGAGUCAUAAGACACCAGAAAAACAAGCACAAAGUAUAAGUUCCAGCACUAGUAGUGACAAUUCCCCUAUCCCGAAUACUUCAAUAACGUCAAAAUUUGGCAAUUCUUCACCUAAAAGCCCGGUUCAGUCGCCAGGUUCAGUACUGAGUAAGGCUUCCAUGUUCGAGUCUAAAGUUACGGAACCCAAGAAGAAGGAUCCAGCCGAAAUGACCCUUUCUGAAAGAAUGGCUCUGUUUGAACGAAACAAAGGAGGAGCCCCCUUAAUUCCUAAGGCUCCACUCUCAAUGUCUGUUUCUAAAAAACAGUUAGAAGAGAAAGAAGUGCCCAAGACUCAAAAUGUCGCUGAGGAUCACUGCAUUGCACAGUCAUCCAACAGAGCCGAUGUCUCGAAUAAGAAAGUGAUCGCUCAGCGUGCUUUGUUUGAAAAUGGAGCCCAGGCUCACGAAUUGGAAAAUGAUAUUUUACGAAACUGUCAAAAUGAGAGACAGAGAGAACUAGAAAUGUUGAGAUCAAGAUUUAACCGAAAUAAGGAAAUGGCGCAAGUUGCCGCUGGCUCCUGCAUUAGGACCAGUGAAAGUAGUGACGGCAAAUCUAAUUCUCCUAAAAACUCGCCAGUUUGUCCAGUGAAGCCGAUACCCGCUCCGGAAUCAAUACCUCCGCCCCCUCCACCGCCACUUGGAAAUUUGCAGGACAAUAUUUCGAGUAGCAGUGCUCAGAUAGCGAUUAAAUCAUCACCUGUAAAAAGACAGGUGGCAAAGAGUCCACCGAAGCUACAGCAAAGCAGAGUUCAGUCAGACGUCAAACGAAUUCGAGUGGCUGCCCCUAAGCCUGGGAAUCUUUAUCCCAAUCUAUCCGACAUUGAGCUAACGGAGACUGAUACGGAAAUAGACACGGAAUACACCGUUGGUGAUACGGAAGCGGAAACUGCAACGCUCGAUGAAAAAACCGAAACUGAAACGGAAACUGAGGCGGAAUAUUACGUGCGGGAUGACACAGAAUAUGACAGCACCGAAGAAAGUGAAGACAUCGGUAACACCAGCCUUGGUAGGAGUAUACUUCGAGUCGUCGGACAGCAAUCUACACUGAACAAGAAGCGAGCAAUAGAUCCCGAUCCAGACAGCACUACGUCCGAUAUCUCUGUUCUGGAUGAAAUGGACGAAUAUUUAGACGAGUGCCUUGCUCUCCAAGAUGAGCAGAAUGAAGGUAUGGGAUCCGAGGGGCCAACUCCACCCAAACUAAAUCGAGGUGGGAAGAGCCCGUCGGCUACAUCUCAUAGCUUCAAAUACAGUCAAGGACAAUCCUAUCGAUCUCCUAUUAAGAUCACUACCCCUGCAUCUUCUCCACGAAAAGCCGAUCAGUACGUAGUUGAAGGCGAUUCUCACUUACCACUGAUGCAUAGCGUUAGUUUCUACAGAAGACAACAAUCUCAGACACCCAAGACUCCGGUGCGUCAAGUAACUCGAAUUCCUGAACCGGAACUCACCAUGCAUUCCUCCUCGCAAUCUGACGAUAGAGAUGAGCGCGUGCUUGUUCAGGAGAAGAUAAAGCGUCUAUUGGAAGAGGUGUGCACGCAGCAGACGGUCAUAAGCCAGGCAAGUCAGGCUUUGAACUUGUGCAAUGCCACGGUGGAGUUCAGCGACUCUAGGGAACAAGUGGAAGGAGAAAGAUUACUGCUAGUUGCCACCCACAGACGGCAAGCUGCUCUCAAUGAAGUUCAGAGGUUGAAGGUGGAAGGGACGCUACGUCCAGUCGUUCCUGGCGCCCCAGAGCUGCAAGAGAGUGGAUCGUUGACUAUAUCUGCCAUAACUUUUCCCAUGAAGCACAAUUAUUACCGUAAUAUGGACUCAGAGAACUGUUAUCAUUUUGUCUGCCUGGUACGUCAUUUGGAUCACAUCGUCGCGACUCCUGUAGUAGUUGCUGAACCGGGUGACUCUUGCAUUCGCUUUCCCUCGACUUUAAAGCUCCACGAUCUUUACAGUGAUUUCAAAAUCACUCUGGAGAUUUAUUCGUUACAGACCAGAGCGGAGGUGCUUCCUCAUGAGAUCAAAUAUCACAUUCACAAUAGCAAGAAGUCAUCCACAAAAACACCUAAAAAGUUUGCGAAACAAGAGAGCCGUCUGGUAAUGCCUUCGGUACAAAGUCCUGCGGGUCCAUCGGCCGUACGCUCGCCAUCCUUCAAUCUCACCGGAUACGUCAUAUUUAGUCUCAGAGAGGUGCAACGGCAGCAAUGGACUCUCAACAAGGUGCCACAGUCGUCUCCGUUGGAAGGACGAUUGCAGAUGCACGUGUCUUGCGAACUGUCAGUUUCCGUGGAACAUCAUGGCUUUUUGACAAUGUUCGAGGAUAUUUCAGGAUUCGGUGCAUGGCACAGAAGAUGGUGCCUGCUGAAAGGCUCCUCAUUAUCUUACUGGAAGUACCCUGACGAUGAGCGAAAAAAAACACCAAUCGGAAGUCUCGAUUUACAAGGUGUUUCAACGAUGAACGUUGGCCUAGUGUCCCGAGAUAUUUGCGCUCGUCCUCAUACAUUCCUACUCGAAACUACCAGGCGCGCCGAACCAGGCGACUCUGAUACUUUGGUAAUGAUAAGGAUGGGCUCUGAGACAACAAUAAGACAUUUGUUGUCAGCAGAUACAAAAGAAGAACGAUUAGAAUGGUGUUCGAAAUUGAAUAAAACAUUGAGCUUAAUGCGCGCCUGGGGCGGUACUUCCACUUCGUAAUAAAUAUUUGGAGCAUCAAACCAAUGUCGGCUCUCGGUCGACGACUCGUCUAAUGAGGUACGAUGAAUAGAUUUUCGAAAUUAUCGGAGCGUCGCUAUAGGACAGGUUAUUGUAAAUAUUGGAUUAUGACGAUUGGAACAAUAGAAUUAAGAAUUUUGAGAGCUCGAAUGGUCAGGCUCGUGAUUAAUGAAGAAUAACAAGAAGAUAAUUUUUUGUCCGCAAUACGCCGAUUUGAAUAUUGUACCUCAAAUUGGCGUACACGAUCUCGUUUGCGUCGUUCUAUGAAAGUUAGAGGAUAUGUACUAUACAUCUCAGCCUUGAUAUUGGACGCAUUUUUUAGUCGAGAAAAAAUCUAUCGGCAAUCAUGUUAUACGUUCGUAAAACGUGUAUGACAUGAUGCGUGCGAAGAGCGUAUCGCUGCAGAAUAAUUGAUAGCUUCGUUUCACCUCGUGGAAUGAACUACGAUAUUCGGAAUAUGCGAAUCUCUGCUCGUACCAUAGUCACGACUGAUAUCCAUGUGUCCAGACGAUGCGGCUGUGGCACAGCGGUAGUGAAAAUUCAAACUAUUUUUGAAUAACGAAAUCACCCGACUUACAUAAAUGCGUAUAUUUGAAGGGACCAACCACAUAAUAUAAUCU